AACAAACCGAAUCUAAUUUCGCGGCACUUUAAAGACUGCCGUCUGCCCCUUUCGUCUUCAUUUCUUCUUAAAACAGACUUUCCUCCAAACUAACUUUCCUCAACUCCAAAGCCUCUUAUGAAGAACCAGAAGUGAAACGUUUGGUUUCGUAGUUUCGCAAUUUUAAGUAUUUAAUAUAUCAUCUUGAAGAUGCCAGCUGCAGAUACCAGUAUGUCUGAUAAAGAUGAAGAGCCAUUUGUGGAGGUUGAUCCUACUGGUCGGUUUGGGCGGUACAAUGAUCUACUUGGUUCAGGUGCUGUGAAGAAGGUUUAUAGGGCAUUUGAUCAGGAGGAAGGUAUAGAGGUGGCCUGGAAUCAGGUCCGAUUGAGUCAUUUUAGUGAAGAUCCAGUCCUCAUCAAUAGGCUUCACUCAGAAGUUCAGUUACUGAGGACAUUGAAGAACAAGUACAUCAUUGUUUGCUACAGUGUUUGGUUGGAUGAUGAGCAUAGCACAUUGAAUUUUAUCACUGAGGUGUGCACAUCAGGAAACCUGAGAACUUACAGGAAGAAGCAUCGCCAUGUAUCGAUUAAGGCCUUGAAGAAGUGGUCAAAGCAGUUACUUGAAGGAUUGGAGUAUCUCCAUACUCAUGAACCAUGCAUUAUUCACCGUGAUCUCAAUUGCAGUAACAUCUUCAUCAAUGGGAAUGUUGGUCAGGUGAAAAUUGGUGAUCUGGGCCUUGCUGCAAUAGUUGGGAGGAGCCAUGUAGCACACUCAAUCUUGGGGACACCAGAGUACAUGGCACCUGAACUGUAUGAGGAAGAUUACACUGAGAUGGUGGACAUCUACUCCUUUGGCCUGUGCUUGCUUGAGAUGGUGACAAUGGAGAUACCUUACAGUGAAUGUGACAGUGUUGCCAAGAUAUAUAAAAAGGUGACAUCUGGACGUAAGCCACAGGCCCUGAACAGGGUGAAAGAUCCUGAAGUGAAGGCGUUCAUAGAGAAGUGUAUUGCAAAGCCGAGGGCAAGACCAUCAGCCUCUGAACUACUCAAGGACCCCUUCUUCUCUGAGCUGACCGCUGAUGAUGAUGAGACCAACCCGACUAAUUGAUUUCUUAUCAAUACUUAACACAAAGCAGCUUUCAAGUGGCCUACGUAACUUUCUAUCAUUGAUAUUUCCUCGUCAUCAUAUAGUAUGUGCAGAUUGGCAGUAUUGUCUCCUAUUUUUGUGUCGUUGAUAUGCAGUUAUGAUAUUGGGUUAAAAUGCAAAUCAUUUGUGCUUAUGGAUACGGUAUUUCAUCCCUCUCAACCUGUCCUGAAAGAUGAUGAGUUUGCCAUUAGGGAAAGAAGACUUCCAAUGGGUUUAGAUUGCUUCAAAUAGAAGCAUUAGUGUUGGAAAAUAAAUACAUCUCUGCAGCUGUAAAGGAAUGUACUUUGCUUGAGUUGUAAGCAUAUAAGCUGUAGUUCAUAUGGUACUACCUGCAAAUCCGGUUCUGCCCUGCCCAUACUUUAUAAAUUAAUGAAGAUUUAAAAAUCCAUACGUA